GUGAGCCGGGCCUCGCUUACCAGUCACCACCCAUCACGGCAAGGAUUCGGAGCCUCUCCUUUCUCCAAGUACAAACAAACCAAGUUUCGAGCGUGAGAAUAAAUGGAAUUCGUGAAGCUGGCCUUCGUCCGCUUCUCGCAGCUUCCUCUCCACUAGAGAGAGAGAAUUCGAAGGCUAUGGAGGGAGAGGAGAUAGGGCUGGUGCUGGCCCGAGCAACGGAACUCCGCGCCAAGAUCAGCAACUGCAUCGAUCGGAGCGGCGGCAUUCGAGGCCGGGAAGCCGAUCCUGGCGACGGUGGAACGGCGUUGACAGCGGCGGCAGUGGCGGCGGCGGCGGCGGAGGAGGAGGAAGAGAGCCUCCUGAGUAUCCGCCAUGCCCUCGAGUCACUGGAGCGGCAGCUCGCCGCCUUGCAGGCUCUGCAACAACAACAAAGAUAUGAGAGAGAAGAGAUUCUAGCCCAGAUUGAUUGCAGCCGAAUGGUAUUACUUAGCAAACUUAAGGAGUACAAAGGGGAGGACUUAGAAGUGAUUCAUGAAGCCACAGCCUUUGCUGGUGAAACUGUUGAUCGCGAUGACGGACUUGUCCUCCCUCCGUACCCAAGUCACCUACCUGACUUGUUUGUUCUGGAUGAUCUCUAUCCUUCUUCACACUUCACUAGUAAGUACAAGCUUUCUCAAAAUGGGUUGACAGCAGACCGCAUCCAUGAUACCAAGGAGAGCAUGGUUGAAUCAGAAAAGAAUCAGAGAUCUCACCAGGGGAACAGAAACCCACCAAGAGGAAUAAGAUUUGUUUUUGGAUUGGUAGCCAAGUCUGUGAUGACAUUUGUUAGUGUCAUGUCUAUCCUAAGCUUGGCUGGUUACAAGCCAAUGCACAUAAAAGAAGCCAUUCAGUUCAAGGCCCUGGAGUUGUUCGGUAAGCCAGCAGGAGAGGAAAGACUGGGUUCUAUUCAGUGCCCACCUGGGAAAAUCCUGGUGAUCGAAGAUGGGAAGCCCCGUUGUCUUGUUAAAGAGCGAGUUGAAAUUCCGUUUGAGUCAGUUGUUUCAGCUCCAAAAAUAAGUUAUGGAUUUGGAUGAGAAGUUCUUGGAUAAGUUCAGUUUGCUUAGCUAUGCUUCUUUAGUAGAUAGAUUUUGUUUGAUCCUUUCCGCAAGCAGAACUUUUUCACCUUUCGCAUAUGAUUUGGCCUUACGGCCUGUGUCUCAAAGUAAAGAUGCAAACUUGUAUAGAAUGGACUCAUUACGCAGAGUAGUGCGUCUGGAACAAAGUAGAUGUACAGGCAUUGCUUAUUUCCUUGCAUGUUGCUCUCCUUUGGAUGUGCCUGUAAACUUAGAUCUUAGAACUGGACUCGUCUCUUGAAAUUUUUAUCGGUGUGAAGAACUUAAUAAUAUUUUUUGUAUA